AAAACAGGAAGAAGUAAGUGCUGUAACACUUCAAAGGUUUUGUGGUGCCUGAAGGAAGUGAAUAUGAUCUAAUGUUUAAAUAAGCAACUUCUAAAAGUUGGUCAGUCUGUAAUCAAGAUUCUAAUGCAUGGUUCCUACAGGGAAAGUAUUGGUGAUGGAUCUCAAAGUGUUCUUUUAAUUUUUUGCCUCAGCAUUUAAUAGAACCAUGUGGAAACAGCUGAAACAUAUAAUUCUUUAAUCUUAGUACUCUGAAAUGCAAAAAGUCAGAUUUAUUAGAUUUUUUUAGUACAUAGGAACUCACACAUUAAACCUAGUUUUGCACAUUAAUGCUGGUAAUUUGUAUUUCAAUCUUUAACAUAGACCAAGCGGGUAAGAAGCUGGUAGAUGCAGCUAUGGUUUUUAAAUUCACUGCUAUUUUUGGUUAGCUUGAAGUUUCAGUUUCGAUUCUGUGACUUGCAAAAUACAUGUAUUUGCAUGACUCGUGCAGAGUGCAAAAAAGAUUUUCGGCAGCAUAUUUAACACUCCUCGUGGAACUAAUGUCCCAAGAACAGAAACGUUGCAAUGGCCAAAAGCUUACUGUUGAGCAGCUGAAGCAAAUAGAGCAGAAGAGAUGUGAAGCUAUGAGGAGGCUUGCUGCUCACAAUGAUCCUAUGCUCAUUGGAGAAAGCUGGCACAAGCAUAUUGAGACUGAAUUCACCAAACCUUAUUUUACUAAGCUGAUGACAUUUGUCAGUGAGGAGAGGAAACAUUUCACUGUCUAUCCUAGAAAAGAGCAGGUCUUCUUUUGGACAAAUGUGUGUGCAUUCGAGGCUGUGAAAGUGGUCAUCCUUGGACAAGACCCAUAUCCCAGACCAGGUCAGGCUCAUGGUCUGUGCUUUAGUGUCCCGAGGCCUUCACCACCACCUCCAAGUUUGGAAAAUAUAUUCACCGAACUCGCAAUAGAUAUCAAGGACUUCCAACACCCUGGCCAUGGGGACCUGACAGGAUGGGCUAAACAAGGUGUUCUACUUCUCAACUCUGUUCUGACUGUGAGAAGCAGAGAGCCGACAUCCCACCAGGAUUGUGGAUGGGAGAAAUUCACUGAUGCUGUAGUUCAGAGCCUAAGUAGGAAUUUGAAAGGGCUGGUCUUUUUGCUGUGGGGAUCACAUGCUCAAAGGAAAGGCAAAUUCAUUAAUAGAUCACACCAUCAUGUCCUUGAGACAAGCCAUCCAUCACCUUACUCUGCUCACAUGGGCUUUUUUGGAUGCAGACACUUCUCAAAGACCAACAGCAUACUUAUGGCAUCAGGAAAGACACCAAUCGAUUGGAAUGCUCUGUAACUAGUGUAUAUUUGUGUAUAUUUUGAAUUGUUGUUAUGAGUUAUUGAAACAUCAGUAUAAUCUUACUGCAAUCUCUCUUACUGCAAGUCUGGUCAAAAUAAAAGUAAGGUUAUAAUAGAUAUUAGUUAUGUUACCUAACUUUUGUGGGUAUCUCCUUUUAAUAAUUUUUCUGCUAAUGGGUUUAAUGAAAAGAAAUGUGAUAAAAAAUAAACAUGCUUAUAAACA